AUGGAGGUUUUUCCUACUACGGUAGUGGCUCACAAAGGUUCUAAAUGCUACGCUGGUGGCUCGUGGAGGUGUGACUACUACGAUGCUUGUCUCGUUAUCUUUGCCAAACUGUUGUCGUUGGCAAUGGCGGAGCGGAGUAGUGGAAUAGCAGCUCGCACUGGUGACGACUUCCAGUGGUGGCUUGCAGUGUUACCUGGUGGUAGGUCGUGA